UACUUUGAAAAGCACUGAACGGAUGUUGAUUCGGAAAUGCUGGUUGAACGUGUUGUCUUAAUUUCAGCUGCACGCAGUCUAAAUAUCUGCCUUAACUCAAUGUGUCAUAAAUUCAUCGAAACGUAGGACAAAUUCUUAAAGAAAGUUGUUAAUGUUUUCUUCUGAAGUACUCACUCUACACGCUUACAUCAUGUGCUGCAAUAAAACAGGAUGCAGCGACUACCGCUAGCAAGCUACUCCUGGAAAGUAGCCUCUUAGCUGACAGCUUUCGAGGUGGACUAUGAUGUGUCCUAUUUCUCUGUUAUGCUUUUACUUGUUUUGAAUAACAUUUACACAAUGGAAACCGAAGGAAUAGUAAUCCGCAUAAAAACACCCAGUGGAGACAUGGACUCCUCCGUCGACUGUCCAUCCCUUCUAAACUUCAAUGACUUGCUGGUCGCCAUCAGAGAUGUGAUGCCAGAAGCCACAGUCACUGCAUUUGAAUAUGAAGAUGAGGUUGGGGAUAGAAUUACUGUAAGAAGUGACGAAGAACUUAAAGCCAUGUUAUCUUAUUACUGCAACACAAUGAAUGAACAGCGGAUCAAUGGACUGCUGCCGGAGCCUCUGCAAAUAUUUCCAAGAGCCGGCAAGACCCCAGGGAUACGGAACAUACAUGGCCUCAAGGUGAACACGAGACCCAGCGCAGCACACGAGUGCUCCCAGGCCACCCCAGAGCCUGUGACCACGAGCAGCCUAAAGAAGUCUUCUGCAGAGCUGAAGAAGAUCCUGACCAAUGGACAGAUGAAUGCCCAGGAUAUCCACUGCCAGGAGCAGCUUGGCCAUGGGAAUGGAGGCACUGUGUACAAGGCAUACCAUGUUCUCGGCAAGAGAGUUUUGGCAGUCAAGGUCAUUCCACUGGACAUCACAGAGGAGCUGCAGAGACAGAUCAUGUCAGAGCUGGAGAUUCUCUACAAGUGUGACUCUCCUUACAUCAUUACAUUCUACACCGCCUUCUUUGUAGAGAACCGGAUAUCCAUAUGUACCGAAUUCAUGGAUGGUGGUUCGCUAGACGUAUAUAGAAAAAUUCCAGAGAAUGUUCUGGGGCGGAUCGCAGUGUCGGUCGUCAAAGGGCUGACCUAUCUGUGGAGCUUGAAGAUUCUUCACCGAGAUGUCAAGCCCUCCAAUAUGCUGGUCAACACUCGAGGACAAGUCAAGCUCUGCGACUUUGGAGUCAGCACGCAGUUGGUGAAUUCUAUUGCCAAAACGUACGUGGGGACAAAUGUCUACAUGGCGCCAGAGAGGUUAUCCGGGGAGCAGUACGGUAUUCAUGCAGAUGUCUGGAGUGUGGGAAUCUCUUUCAUGGAGCUGGCACUUGGCAUGUUCCCCUAUCCACAGAUUCAGAAGAACCAAGGCUCUUUAAUGCCUCUCCAGUUACUGCAAUGCAUCGUUGAUGAGGAUCCUCCGGUGCUGCCCGUGGACCAAUUCAGCGAGGAGUUUGUGCACUAUAUCACUCAGUGCAUGAGGCGAAACCCCAAAGAGCGUCCUGCCCCAAAUAAGCUCAUGGAUCACUCCUUCAUGGUGCAGUACAACGACGGCAGCACGGAGGUGGUGUCUAUGUGGGUGUGUGGCUGUCUGGAGCAGAGGACCACCCAGCAGGGCCAGGGACACAUGUGACCAGGGCCGGUGGGGAGGGGCUUACCUUCAAUCAAGCCCCAAAUAUGAACCUGUGCCUGGGCGGAGGGAUGGAUUGUUGUCAUGUAUAACUUCCAAAGGUAUACAACCACUGUAUAUUUAAAAUGUUGUCAUUUCAGAGAUGUAUCCAAAAUGAUGCUGUUGCUUUUCAAACAAAUGUUCCAACAAAAAACUGCCAUCUAUUUGCCUGUAUGUUUUUUGUGUGCCACAUUUCAUUACCUCGCCAAACUAAACUGUAUGCCAUUUUUAACCCAUUUAAUUAGCAUUGCUCCCUAAAUGUAGCCUCUGUCUUAACAUUCUCUAUACUCUGUAGUCCAAGCAGCUCUAGAAACCUGAUCUUCACCAAUGCGUCUGUAUGUGCAGAAGGUGGCUCCAGCCCUAACCACAAGCAUCUAUGUUUAAUGUAGUGGCAUCAGAACAAUCCUUAACAGCCAGUGGGAGUACAAAUUGACUGGCAUUGAUCCUCUUAUUAGAUCAUCCUCAUCCAUGCUCAUCUCUGUGCUCCCUCUCCCUGCUCUGCCUGGGGUUCAGUGUAAACCCGUCUGUUUGGAUCUGAGUCAUCAACCCUUCAUUUAAAACCCCUCAUUUGUUCAGGUUUUACAAGAUCUGAAGGCUAUUCUGAAGGCGUGUGCCUGGCCUUAGACAUCAUAGAAAAGGUCAAAUAAAAGUACCAGUAGUACUUUUAACAAACUCAGAUGACCCCCGGGAUAUCUUUAAAGUGACAAGAUAUUCUUAUCGUUAAACCUUGUUUUAAGCUCCAAAGUAUGUUUUGGUCCAUAACUUCCCUGUUCCUCCAACAUUAUUGCCAACUAUCUCUUAUACUGGUCUUAGUAAAUAGGGUUUAAUAUGUCUACUACAACUUGAACAGAUACUUAAUUGUGAUAAGUAUAUUUCGGUUGUAGAGAGUAUAAUAUUGCCUACAUGUAGUUCUAUGGAUACCAAAGUGUACAUUUGCAAGCCAAAGACAACAAAUGUUUAAUGAAUGUUUAAAUAUAUAAUGCCAUGAUACCAAUAUACCCAGAUAAUGUUAGGUAAGUAAAGAUAUAGCCUUUCUUCAACAUAUUUAGUGAAAUGUUUUUAUAUUUUGCCAAUUUAAUAUUUCAGACGGAAUUGCAUAGCAAUAGUGCAACACCUAAGGCUUGUAAACAUUUUGCAUGAAGAACUAUUGGUAGCCAUUUCUAGCACCAUCCUUCCAUGUUUUUCCGACAAGGCAACUGGUUUGACAUAGUGACAUCAAGUGGAAAUACAUGUACAGUAUGUAUUUAUUUUAUUUUUUAUACUGUUACAAGUGGCGGGGAUUGGUUCUCAAUCUGAAUUGUAGAAGCCAAUAUUGGUUUUGCUAGGCCACUACACUAGACACCUGAAACAACGUUCUGAAUCGAAGAAAUAAAGAGUUUGUUGUGUUUUAAACUGCAAUCGUCCUCGUAAAGGGACCUGAACGUGCCGGGCCACGGGACUGCAUGGACAUCUCCAUGAGAAACACUCCCCUAUUACGACCCUUAAGCACGUCCAUUGCCAUCUGGUUGAAUUGGCUUUCUACAUUUGAAUGUGAAACAUCAUUCUCAUUCAAAUGUAGAUGACCAGAUUGAUAUGAGUCUAUCUGGAUUUUGUUGAUCAUUGGUCACUUGCUCUGUGGAACAGUUAUAGGUUGAGUCUUCUCAUACUGUUAUUGUAGCCUUAUACAGAACAAAUUACAAGUACAGCAGAACUUGGUCAGCACCGAGCAGACUAGAAGUUCAUUGAUUAGCAGCAAGGGCUUCAAGUCAAACAUGUUUUCGUCUUGUUCAUUGGAUUAUAUGAGAUUGAGUGUCUGAAGCUUUGUUGUUUGAUUCCUGUGAAACUCUUGCCAACUUUAAGUUGGACUUGUGAUUGAUGUACAAAGCUUUUUCAUUAUUAAAAAACAUUGAAUGUU